GGUCUUGCUUGUAUUCAACUAGAAGGUCGAAUUCUAUAACAACCCUAACUACCCUUGGUAGUAACUUGAAGUUGUAAAUCUUCUCCCCACCUUUCCUCUUGGAUCAUCCCAAGUUGUACUCUUAUUUCUUAGGUAUUCGCCAAGUUCCAAGUUUUAAUUACAAGAUAUCGAAGGAAAUAUCUUCAGCUCUACAAGAUGGCGACCAUACCAGUCGUCGUCAAGCAUCAAGGUACGAAGUACGAUGUUGAGGUCGAUACCGACUCGACCGGUGAGGUAUUCAAGUUCCAACUUUACAGUCUUACCGGCGUAGAGCCCGAACGUCAGAAGAUCUUGAUAAAGGGUGGCCAAGUGAAGGAUGAUACCCCCAUGAGCAAGUUCAACUUCCAACCCGGUCAAUCGAUAAUGAUGCUUGGUACGCCCGGAAACAAGGAUGUUCUUACUCGUCCUAAGGAGCCGGUUAAGUUCGUCGAAGACAUGACAGAAGCCGAGGCCGCCCAGCAAGAGGGAGCUAUACCUGCUGGUCUAACUAACCUUGGUAACACAUGCUAUCUCAACUCAACCCUUCAAACUCUUCGUGCCAUCCCCGAGCUGCAGAACGCUCUGGGUAAGUACGAAGCUCCCAGCAGUGCUAUGAACACUACUGGGCUCUUGCCACCACUGGACUUGACGAAACAGCUUAGAGAUUUGUACAAGUCCAUGUCCGAAACCCAAGAGCCAUACGCGCCCCACACAUUUCUAACCUCGCUGCGUUCGGCAUUCCCUCAGUUUGCUGAGCGUUCUCGAACUGGUAACGGAUUUGCCCAGCAAGAUGCUGAAGAGGCAUGGUCUCAGAUUGUCACCCAGCUACGCCAGAAGUUGCGCGUGAAAGAUACCCCUGAAUCCCCAGAGUCCUCUUUCAUUGAUAAAUACAUGUCGGGAGAGUUAACGGCCGAGCUUGAGUGCGACGAGCCUGCAGCUAGGGAAGGCGGAGAGAAGCCCGUAGUCUCGAAAGAGACUUUCCUGAAGCUCAGUUGCCACAUAGAUGGCAAUACGAAUCACCUACGGGAUGGAAUCGCAAACGGUCUAAGCGAAAAGAUUGAGAAGAGAUCGGAGGUUCUCGGCCGAGAAGCUGUUUACACCAAGACUUCUAAGAUCUCUCGGUUACCCAAAUACCUCACCGUGCAGUUCGUUCGCUUCUUCUGGAAACGAGAAACCCAGAAGAAGGCUAAGAUCAUGCGUAAAGUCACCUUUCCGCACGAAUUAGACCUCGUGGAAUUUUGCGACGACAAACUGAAGGGAAUGCUUGUUCCGGUCAGAGACAAGGUUCGAGAAGUUCGAAAGGAUGAGGAAGACAUUGAGCGUGCCCGCAAGCGCCGCAAGCGGAAUGGGGCUGGCGAAGAUGAUAUCCCUGGUGGAAAGGGCGCAAAGAAGGAGGACAGUAAGGCGUCCGGUACUUCUGGGGAUGGCGACGUGGAAAUGGGCGAGACCUACAAGACUGAUGCAGAGAUUGAUGCAGAACGCGAUGCAGCGCUUCUUGCAGCGAAAAAGGAAUUGAACGCCCUUAUUGACCCAGCCCUCGCCAACGACGACGGCGCAAACCAAUCCGGCUUGUACGAACUUCGAGGAGUUGUGACACACCAGGGCGCAAGCGCAGACAGCGGUCACUACACAUCUUACGUCAAGAAGUCGGCACCGGUUGAUGCGAAGACCGGCAAGCGAAAGGAGGAAGAUGGCAAGUGGUGGUGGUUUAACGACGACAAGGUGUCUGAGGUAACAGCAGACAAGAUCGAGGCGCUAGCCGGAGGUGGCGAGUCGCACUCGGCUCUCAUCUUGCUGUACCGCGCUAUCCCCUUGCCUUCUGCCGAAGGGACGAUUGAGUGAAUACGCGAAGAUGAGAAAUGAUGUCGCAUACGGGCGUUUGAGUGCAUGGCAAGCAGGGAACUUGGGACUAGCAUUAGACUCACUUUCACUUGAUGGGGAACGGUUCGGAAAAUAAAUGUUGUGCCAACAUGGCCAAACUUGUAGUAUUUUCAGCAGUCCUUACGUUUGAUGCUACAACGCACGUACGUGUGGAUAUUUAAAGCAAGCAGAACGGUUGGCAUAUAAGCCUGACGUUGCCAUAAUUGUCCAGCCUUCCUUUGUAAUAGAACCCCUAAAAUGGC